AAAAUAAUAAACAAAACAUAAAACCCACCAAAAAUAAUAAUUAUUUGUAGUGCCACGAAAAUAAUUCGAGUGACAUUUUCGCCACAAAUCAAUCGAUCGAAUUCGAUUUGAAACCUGAUUUGUAGUGUUCGAUCGUGUUCAAGUGUGUGUGUUUUUGAGUGUGUUUAAGCCAUGGGUUCUGGCCGUGCAAGCGAGAAAGAGCGAGAACACUGAUUCGAUUCAAUUCGAUUCGAUUCGAUUCGAUUUGAUUCGAUUCGCUUUGAUUCGAAUUCAAUUACAAAAUCCACCGUAGUGUCAAUUACAAACAACAACCGCAAAAAAUACAGAGAUCAGACAACGAGUGAGUUUGGUUUUGGAAAGAGAGAGAUACCACCGAAGAUCCGAAAGAUCUACAGAUCCCGAGUUCCAGAGCUAAAAGCCACAUAAAUCAUGCCUGCGACACUGUUGUGGCUGCCACUGCUACUGUUGCUAUCAAUCGUUGUUGUUGCAACUGUCGGUGGCACGCGACUGCCUCUGGAAGUGUUUGAGAUCACGCCGACUUCAUCGGCAACGGAGGAUAAGCACAAGGCAUUGGAGUACACUGUCUAUGAUGCCAAGGAUCUAGCUGCCGGAGGAUCCUCAGGGGUUGUAGCCUCAGCCUCCAGUACAGUAAAACCUCCUGCUGCUGCUGCUGCUGCAACGGAAACCACAUUAACGGUGGUUAACAUCCCAACGGCAGAGCAGGAAUCGCGGCGACAUGCGCGACAAAUGUUGCAGAAACAACAGCAGCAGCAGCAGCAACAUCGCAACAGCAACAACAGACAUGGAGGACACGGAGGCGACAAGGAUCUGCGUAUUCUCUACCAAGUGGGGGACUCUGAGGACGAUUUACCCAUCUGUGCCCCAAAUGCCGUAUGCUCUAAAAUCGAUUUAUAUGAAACUCCUUGGAUUGAGCGACAAUGCCGAUGUCCUGAAUCGAAUCGAAUGCCCAACAAUGUGAUUAUCCAUCAUCAUAGUCACAAUCUGGGUGGAUCAGUAGAUUCCACAAGGUAUCGAAACUACUACGAAAGGGAGAAAUUGCUGCAGCACAAGCGAAUGCUGCUGGGUGAAUUCCAGGACAAAAAGUUCGAGAGUUUGCAUCUAAAGAAGCUUAUGCAGAAGCUGGGUGCUGUCUACGAGGAUGAAUUGGAUCAGUCACCGGACUACAAUGAUGCUUUGCCCUACACGGAGUUGCAGGAUAAUGAGUUCCCACGUGGUUCUGCACACAUGAGACACUCUGGACAUAGAGGAUCCAAGGAGACACCAGCCAGUUUUAUAGGCGGUUGUCCCAGUAGUUUGGGUGUGGAAGAUGGCCAUACCAUUGCGGAUAAGACCAGGCACUAUAAGAUGUGUCAGCCAGUACACAAAUUACCAGUUUGCAAGCACUUCCGUGACUACACUUGGACCCUGACAACAGCAGCCGAGUUGAAUGUCACAGAGCAGAUAGUGCACUGUCGUUGUCCCAGGAAUUCGGUGACAUAUCUCACCAAGAGAGAGCCCGUGGGCGAGGGCAGUCCUGGCUAUAGAUACCUCUUUGCCUGCUCUCCUGUCACGCGUCUUCGGUGUCAGCGGAAGCAGCCCUGCAAGUUGUUUACUGUGCGAAAGCGCCAGGAGUUCCUGGACGAGGUGAACAUUAAUGCCCUGUGCCAGUGUCCUAAAGGACAUCGCUGUCCUAGCCAUCACACACAGUCCGGCGUGAUAGCCGGCGAGAGUUUUCUGGAGGAUAAUAUACAGACCUAUUCCGGUUACUGCAUGGCCAACGAUUGAGCAAAUCAAUUGGGAUCAUCCAUUCCACACACAAAAACAAAAAAACACAUUGUAAAGGAUGAUAAAUUUGAGCGGGGAGAGCAGCUACUAUAUAAAUAUAUCGACUGAGCCAAUUGAGUCUCGCCAAGUUACCAAUUAAUUAAAAUGAAAAGAGAUAAUGGAUAAUCGAACAAAUACAAAAUGCCUAGAACUUAAAAAUGCACAGAUCCACAGAAGAUAGAAUUCUUUUGCUACCAAAUUUUGGUCAUAAAUCGUAUGAUAUAAAUAUUUAAUUAGUUUUAAGAGACGAUAUAUGUGCGAAGUUUGUUAUACAAAAUAAUUUGUAAUGAAUAUUUAUGAAAACGCAAGAGCAGAGCCAGAGCCCAGCAGCAAGGUUCGCAUAUGUAAUAUAGCAACAAACUAUACUCGUAAUCUAAACCCGCAUAAAUUGUAUAUAUUUCUAUAUAAUGUGUAUGUGUAUUGUAUAACUAAAAACAGUUUCGUUUAUAAUUGAAACCGAAACGGAAAUGACACGCAGCAUAUGUCAAAGAGCAGAGGGAUCAUAAUGAUGAUGUGCCAAACGCAAGAGGUGCAGUUAGUUAUCGUAAGGAUAUAAGGAUAUAUAUGUCAUUGAAUAAUUCAUAGGGCAGUUUGAAACUGUGGCAACUCUGGCAGCUGUUUUAGUGCAAUUUUUGUAAGCAAUUUCCAUUAAAUUCAUAUGGCAUUUCUAUGGAAAUUGUAAAUUAAUCUAGAAAUUGCGCAAACUCCAAAACAAAUUAGUAACCACCCAUGACUUUUCCUUCUUUAAACCUUUAACCUAACCAUAUGUAUAUCGAUUUAAGCUUCUGAAAAUGUGGCAACGAAACGAGCGAUGUUUAAGUUUAAACACUUGUAAAAA